AUGGGGUUGACAGUUGGAGUUUGGAAUGUCAGGUCAUUGUGGCAGACAGGGGCUUACGCGUUGAUGAAGAAAGAACUUGAACGAUUCAGAUAUGAUGUAGUUGGUCUGUGCGAGGUCCGAUGGACAGGAGGUGGAGAAAUGGAAGGUGGGAAGAUAUUAUGGUCUGGAACAGAGAGGGAGCACGUCUAUGGAGUUGGAAUGGUUAUUGGCGAAAAAGCAAGAAAAGCACUGUUGGAGUACAAUCCAGUGAAUGAAAGAAUGAUGUAUGCGAGGUUUAAGGGAUACCCGAAAGACAUUGAUGUGGUAGUGGCAUAUGCUCCAACAAUGGAUCACUCGGAUGCAGAAAUCGAAGCAUUCUACGAUCAACUGGAACAAACAUUGAAUGUACUGCCAAAGAAAGAUGUUAAGAUAAUCACCGGAGAUUGGAACGCAAAGAUCGGAAAAGACAAUAUUGGUUUUGAAGAAGUCAUGGGAAAAUACGGUAUAGGAAACAGAAAUAAUAGAGGAGAAAGACUGCUGGAAUUUGCAAAGGACCAAAAAAUGUAUAUAACAAAUACAAAAACACAAAAUAGAAAAAAAUGGACAUGGGAAUCACCAGAUGGAAAAACAACGAACAUGAUAGAUUUGAUUUUGAUAGAACAGAAAUGGAUGAAAUUUGUUACUCAGUGCCGUGCUUUUCCAAGUGCAGAGAUUGGAUCAGAUCAUCGUCUAGUGUUAUGCAACGUCAAGAUGAAAAUAACGAAAAGACCAAAGUCAGGCGAAAAUAUCAAAAGAGUGAAAUAUAGCACAGAAAUGAUAAAAGAGAAGUUGAUAGACAUCAGAAAUGAAAUAGAAAACAAAUUGGAUACAAAAACAAAGUACGAUAUGAAAACAAGAGUCAGUAACUUGGAGAAAGUGCUUAAGACUGCAGCCGAAAAAUGCGAAGUAGGGAAAACAUAA